GACGUCUAUUAUUUUGUCUUUUUUCUAUCUCGAAGAAAGCGGGCUUGUUCAUCCGGCGUUAAGUGUCUUUUUUGUGUUGUCGUCAAGGAAGAGAGGAAGAAAGACGGAAGUCACUGAGAAAGGGGAUAUUUUGAGCUGUCAUGUAGUGGAGUUUGUAACUCUCUGGAAUGAGCAAUAUGAAGAAUGGAAGCAGACGAUGUGACUAUCAGAGAGCAGAAUUUCCACAGCCAAGUGAGGGAGUACAUUAUUUGCUUCCUCCUGUUUGCUGUACUCUACAUUGUCUCCUACUUCAUCAUCACCAGAUACAAGAGGAAGACGGAUGACCACGAGGAUGAAGAUGCCGUUGUCAACAGAAUAUCGUUAUACUUGUGCACCUUCACCCUCGCCGUCUCAGGUGGCGCCGUCUUCCUGCUGCCCUUCUCAAUCAUUAGCAAUGAGAUCCUCCUGUCCUUUCCGAAAAGCUACUACAUCCAGUGGCUCAAUGGCUCCCUCAUUCACGGUCUGUGGAAUCUGGUGUCCCUCUUCUCCAACCUUUGCCUCUUUGUCCUGAUGCCCUUUGCCUAUUUCUUCUUGGAGUCGGAGGGAUUUGCCGGAUCUAAAAAGGGCAUUAAGGCGCGCAUUCUGGAGACCUUUGUGAUGCUCUUCUUGCUGGCUCUGCUCAUCCUGGGUAUCGUGUGGGUAGCAUCAGCACUCAUUGACAAUGAUGCUGCCAGCAUGGAGUCGCUCUACGACCUCUGGGAGUUCUACCUACCGUAUUUGUACUCCUGCAUAUCUCUGAUGGGAGGACUGCUGUUACUCAUGUGCACACCUGUGGGAUUGUCAAGGAUGUUCACUGUCAUGGGCCAGUUGCUCGUGAAGCCAACGAUCCUGGAGGACCUGGAUGAGCAGAUUUACUGCAUCCAUUUGCAAGAGGAAGCCCUUCAGAGGAGAUUAAACGGAUCAUCCAUGUGCACCUAUCCCAGAGGAGGCCUGGUCAACCAGCUCAGUAAGGAACUUGACAGUAUCCGAAAUAUGAGAAAUAAACUGGAGAGAAGAAAGCAAGCGUCGGGUUGGGAGAAGAACCUGUUGUAUCCCAUGGUGAUGCUGAUCCUGUUGGCAGGAACGACGAUCUCAGUUCUUUUGGUGGUCCUCAACAUCCUCUACCUUCUCGUAGAUGAGACCGCCAUGCCCAAAGGAUCCACGGAGCACGGCAUCGGGAGCACUCUGUCCACCUUUGGCGUGGCUCAAGCUGUGUUGGAGAUCAUCCUCAUGUUUUAUUUGAUGGCUUCCUCUGUGGUGGGCUUCUACAGCCUUCGCCUCUUUGAGGGGCUCACUCCCAGGAAGGAUGACACAACCAUGACAACGAUCAUCGGAUGCUGCGUGUCCCUUUUGGUGCUGAGUUCAGCCCUGCCCGUCAUGUCCAGAACUUUAGGCAUCACCAGGUUUGAUCUGUUGGGAGAUUUUGGGAGAUUCAACUGGCUGGGAAACUUCUACAUCGUCUUUUCAUACAACCUUCUCUUUGCCGUUGUGACCACGCUCUGUCUCGUCAGGAAGUUCACCUCCGCCGUGCGAGAAGAGCUCCUCAAGGCCUUAGGUCUGGAUAAGCUACAACUGUCCAACACCCCCACGGAUCCUGAAUCUGGGAAGCUGUCGGCCAACGGGCAUCAGAAAACUCUAUGAAAGGAUGGAUGGCUCAACACAGACGCACACCUGAGCACAGCCAAGGGAGAUGCCCACAGGACGGCCCGCCUGCUGAAAGCUGAAAGGGAUCGGAGAAGAACUUAAUAAAGCCGUGCGGUGUCUGGCGGAUGCUGCAAAUGGAGGCUGAGAGCCAUUUUGCCACGUGACAUUCCAUUCCCCGGACCUCGGAUGGGAGCUGGGACGGAGCCAAGAGGAGACGGAGGAGUGAGGGGGGCUGCAGUCAGCUUGAUGUGGACUUGGGAGCAUGCACUCCCUCAGCUGUGCUUCUACCAACCACUGUUCCUCUUUUUAGUCGCCUUUCCGCCAAGCGCUGCACUUCAGGUUCGUCAUUGAAGCCAGGAAGACGUAUAUUUAGGGAAAGGGAAGAAAAUAAACCAAACCGUACUGCAAUUUUUUAACAAUGUACUUUAUGCUCUUUUAUUAGUAAUAUGGAAUGGUUUCUUCCACAAUGUGUUUCAUAUAACAACAUGGUCACGAUUAUGCCGCUCUCCCACUGUACAACACUGGACGGGCUGGCCUCAGGUUUACUCCACUGCUUUUCCACUUCACCACAGUCCUGGGUAAAACUAGGAAAACCGAGCCGCAGUGAACAUGUCAGUGGGAAACCCACAAAUUGGCCACGGGAAGACGUACCUGCUAGAACUUUGCAGGUGCAGUUGAAAAGCUUUGAGCCUGAUGAUGUCAUUAGUUCCAACUUUGAGGUGCUCCACAUUUGAAAUGGGAGUUUACCUUCACAAUUGGCUUCCACCCCACUAUUGAUGUAAAAAUAUUGUAUAUUGUGUGUACAUAUGACAGUCGGGUCUUCGGUGAGUGCAGACAAGCAUUGUGUUUAUAUUAUAUUCGUGGUGAAGGCCUCAGUCCAAAGGUGAGCAAUCUCAGAAGGUCUGCUUGGACCAGCAUGACUUGCUCAUCUUCUCCACUGUGAAGUCGUGGUCGUGCAGAAGCACCGUAAAUGCCUUAAAGGACGAGCGUUAACAUUAAGGCCGUUUCCUUGUGGCGUGGUUUUGGUUUCCAGACAGUUCCACUGUGACGCUCGCACGCGACUGUUGUCAUAGAAACAUGCAAAGAGGUGGUGUGUUCUUAUAUGGUGAUGUAUUUCUAUAUGCAGUAGUUACUGUUCCUUUUUCAUGAAAUAUGGGAAUAUGCAGCACUGCUCUUCUUAAAUCAAUCUCAUUAGACUUUUGUGGAAACCAGAGCAGGACCAAAGAUCUGCUGUUAGGGCUGGAUGGAUUGAUAUUGAAUGAGCAGCUUUACCCAAACAUUAGUUAGAUUAUCACGUAGAUUGAGUCCAUGGAACGAUGUCUCGUUGCCACAAAGUGGAACCGCAGAGAUAGACAAAGCACUUGUGUGAUUUCCAAGUGGUUCUUCUACAAAGUGGGCAAGUUAGUUGUGGCCCUCUUCAGCCUCUAAUGAAACAUCAGUCAGAUGCUGUGAAGCAGCUCAGUCUCUGCAUGUCAACUUUUUGGGGUACAUGUUUUGUGAAUGUAUUUUUUAAAACUAUUUCUCAGUCUCUUGUGUUUUUUUAUGUCUGUUUGCAAAUAAAAGUUAGA